UAUAAUAUAUAAACUUAUCUCUUCAGUUACAACAAAUUAAUAAUAAAAAACUGCAAAAUAAUAAAAAUAAUUUCAUAUGGGAUUUGGAUCCGAAUUUUAUUCCACAGACUCUCCUGCCGGCUUAAAUGUGUCAUUAAAAGAUGCAAAAAUACAUGCAAUAAAUAACGGUUGGAAACCAAAGCUAAAGUUAGUCAGUUAUAGUUUUUAGACAUGUUACAACCUAUCAAAAAAAAAAAUUCCACCUAUUCUUUCUCACCAUCAUCUGUUUUUAACGACUUCUUUCGAUCUUAGAACCAAUAAUGGAAAAUCCAAAGACAAAUCAUGCAAAACAAAGAUAACCCUUCAUACAAAAACGUGACAAUUUACAAGUUUUCUCCUCUCUUUCUUGCCUGGUCUGGUCUCUCGAUCCAGGUAAGGCUCUGUAAAUGAAAGCUCGAGUUACUUUCAAUGGCGGACUAGAGAUGAACUUGGUUAUCAUCCCCCCAUAAUAAAGGAUCAUAUAUAGAGAAAAAAGAGACAAACAAAACUAAAAAGUCAAUAUAGAGGCGUACAGGGAAACUUUCUCACCGAUCACUAUCUUUUUUUCUUUAUCAGUGCAUUUCGUUUUCCUGUACGCCAUUCUCAUGGUCGACCUCGGUUUAUGUCUUCUUCAUUCAUUCCGUUUAGCCAUGAAUAUGAAAACCCACAAAUUGUUUUUCCUUGUUUUUCUUUCUGUUCUCUUCAACUCCUUCCAUGGCUCCAUGUCUGACUCGGAUUCAUUGAUAUUGGGAUGUGGCACUGAAAAUGCCGCCAAAGAUGCAGACGGGAGGAACUGGGAGCCUGACACCAAGUUCAUCAAUGGAGAAAACUCAGUUUCCGUUAGAGCACAAUACCAAGACCCUUCUCUUAUUUCUGAAACUCCAUACAUGACAGCAAGAAUCUUCACCUCCAAGGUAACUUACAAGUUCCCUGUCAAACCCAACAAGAGGUAUUGGCUUAGACUCCAUUUUUACCCCUCAGUUUACGGUAGCAACAAUGCUGAGGAGUCUUAUUUCAAUGUCAUUGUCAAUGAUUUAACUCUCUUGAAAAACUUCAGCGCUUCUCUCAAUUGUAAGGCCCUGACACAAGCUUACAUUAUGAGAGAAUACACCUUGGCUCCCUCUACUUCUGAUUCUCUCAGCCUCACCUUUGAGCCAGCAGUAGGUUUUGCCUUUGUCAAUGGUAUUGAGUUGAUUCAGGUACCGGAACUGUUCGACACGGUAUCGGUCAUGGGGUUUUCAGACCAGACCAUAGAUGCCAAGACCACAAAUAUGCAGACUAUGUAUAGAUUGAAUGUUGGUGGUCAAUAUAUUUCUCCAACCAAUGACUCUGGUUUGACCAGGACAUGGUAUGAUGAUUACCCUUAUUUGUAUGGAGCUCAGUCUGGGGUUUCAAUUGAGGCCAGCCCAAAUGUAAAGAUUAAUUACAAAGAAGUGCCUACCUAUGCAGCCCCAGCUGAUGUUUACAGGACAGCUAGAUCAAUGGGAGGCACAAAAGAAAUAAACCUGAAUUACAAUCUCACAUGGGUUUUCCAGCAAAUUGAUCCAAAUUAUAUGUAUCUUGUGAGGUUACACUUCUGUGAUUUUAAGUACUUUAAACCUAAUGAGAUUGUUUUUAAUAUCUUUGUAAACAACCAAACAGCUCAAUCUGGAGCAGAUGUGGUUGCUUGGUCAGGAGGAAAGGCUGUGCCUACUUAUAAAGAUUAUGUUGUGUAUGUCACUGAUGGGAAAGGAGAUGAGGAGCUUUGGUUGGCAGUGAACCCUGCAACUGAAACAAAGCCUGAGUAUUACGAUGCAAUAGUUAAUGGCAUUGAGAUAUUCAAGAUGGAAGCUAAGAAAAACUUGGCGGGUCCAAACCCAAAGCCUUCAGAGAUGAUGGCCAAGGAUGAGCAACGGCAGAAGACCUUUCAAAGCAAGACAAAUCAUGCCCAAGUCAUUGGUGGGGCUGCUGGAGGAGCUGCAGCCAUUGGCAUAGUUGCUGCAUUGUGCAUUGCAGUCUACCAAAGAAAGAAGAGGUUCAUUGGUACAGAUUCACACACUUCAAGUUGGCUUCCUAUUUAUGGAAACUCUCAUACCACUGCCAGCAAAUCAGCAAUCUCUGGCAAGAGCACUGCCAGCAGCCACCUCUCGGCGACUGCUCAAGGCCGUUGCAGGCGUUUCUCUUUCAUGGAAAUGAAGAAAGCCACCAAGAGUUUUGAUGAGUCUAAUGUCAUUGGUGUCGGAGGGUUUGGAAAGGUCUACAAGGGAAUUAUAGAUGCAGGGACCAAAGUGGCCAUUAAGAGAUCAAAUCCAUCUUCAGAGCAAGGAGUUAACGAAUUCCAGACCGAAAUUGAGAUGCUUUCAGAGUUGAGACACAAGCAUUUAGUUUCUCUGAUUGGUUUCUGUGAGGAAGACAAUGAAAUGUGCUUGGUUUAUGACUACAUGGCUCUUGGCACUCUUAGGGAACAUCUGUACAAGAGCAACAAACCUCACCUUUCAUGGAAGCGUAGGCUUGAACUUUGCAUUGGAGCAGCAAAAGGUCUUCACUACCUUCACACAGGAGCCAAAUGGACCAUCAUUCAUAGGGAUGUUAAAACGACAAACAUUCUCUUGGAUGAGCAUUGGGUUGCUAAGGUUUCUGAUUUUGGGCUCUCCAAAACAGGACCAGAUAUGAGCACUGGCCAUGUUAGCACGGUGGUAAAGGGAAGUUUUGGAUACUUGGAUCCUGAAUAUUUUCGAAGACAACAACUGACUGAAAAGUCUGAUGUUUACUCAUUUGGGGUUGUCCUGUUUGAGGUGUUAUGUGCAAGACCAGCUUUGAAUCCAAGCUUACCAAAGGAACAAGUCAGUCUUGCUGAUUGGGCUCUACACUGCCAAAGGAAAGGGACUCUGGAAGACAUUGUUGAUCCUACUUUGAAGGGAAAAAUCCACCCUGAAAGUAUGAAGAAAUUUGCAGAUACAGCUGAGAAGUGCUUGUCGGACCAUGGAAUGGACCGUCCCACUUUAAACGACAUACUGUGGAACCUCGAAUUUGCUCUUCAGUUGCAGGAAAACAUGGACGGUUCAAGCCAUUCUUCUAGGCGUGGCAGCGAGACCAGCUCUGAGGAAGGUAGUCUAAGACACCAGAACAUGGCAAUGCAUUACAGCAACCUGAGCCUUGGAAGCGAUAGCGAGCUGGGAAGUGAUGACACUUCUGGGCAGAAUUCCACCGCGGUCUUCUCUCAGAUUGUUAAUCCAAGAGGACGAUAGAGUGAGUUGUUGAUGGUGAUUGCUAUGCUACCAGAGAAGGAUUUAAUCAAAGAAAAUAAAAGACCAGAUUCAUAGAUUACUUUAUGCUUUGUUCAUUGUUUGUAAUAUUUCUUUUGGUUUUCUCCACUUUCUUUUUUGGUAUUUGUCAUUUAUUCUGUUUUAGUAUCAUACAUUGGACAGGAUAACAUAAAUUCAUAGUACGGAUUCAUGUUUGUUCUGCCUGGAGUUUCUAUAUGAUCAAACUAAUAUUUAUAUACAUAUGUAUGUCAACCUUCCAAUAUCUGUUUUUUUGACAUCACAUUAGGUUAUGGUAGAUUCUUAAAGAAUUGUAAUCUUAGUGAAGAGGCAAGACUUCACGCUGA